AUGGAUCCCCAUCGGGGCGCCCAGUACCCCGGUGGCUCCCAGGGCCACCCUCCGCAGCAGGGCUACCAGCUCGAGGACAACCCCGGGCAGUACGGCCAGCAGCAGCACCUCGCGAGUGAUCCAAACGGCCAGCACCAGCGGUUUGGCACGCCCAGCGACCACCUGAACCUCAACGCGGCGCACUCGAUCGAGACCAUGUCCUACGGCGGCCACGGCUACGGCCACGGCGACGCCUCGGUCAACCCCGAGAUGGCGCACGAUCAGUACGGCGGCAGGCAUCCGUCGUACCCCAACCACGCGCCCAACGAGGACCCGACCUACUUUGACCAGCACGGCCAGGAUCCGAACGGCUACGACGUCGACGACCAGCGGCCGAUGCUCGACCAGCAUCCGUCGGGCUACGAUGAGUCCUUCCAGGACCAGCAGCAGCAGCCGCAGCAGCCGCCCCCCGGCCCCGGCCUCCAGCGGUGGAAGACGGUCAAGCAGGUGCUGCUCUACCGCGGCAACCUCGUCCUCGACUGCCCCGUCCCGCCCGUCAUGCUGCAGCAGAACCCGCACGGCGAGCGCGACGAGUUCACCCACAUGCGCUACACGGCCGCCACCUGCGACCCGUCCGACUUUUACAACGAAAACUUCACCCUCCGCCAGAAGCUCUUCAGCAAGUCGCGCCACACGGAGCUCUUCAUCGUCGUCACCAUGUACAACGAGGACGACGUCCUCUUCGCCCGCACCCUCAUCGGCGUCUUCAAGAACAUCGAGUACAUGUGCAACCGGCCCAACAGCAAGACGUGGGGCAAGGACGCCUGGAAGAAGAUUGUCGUCUGCGUCGUCAGCGACGGCCGCGCCAAGAUCAACCCCCGCACCAAGGCCGUCCUCUCCGGCAUGGGCGUCUACCAGGAGGGCAUCGCGAAGCAGCAGGUCAACAACAAGGACGUGACGGCCCACAUCUACGAGUACACGACGCAGACGCACCUGACGCUCAAGAACGACAUCGUCGGCCUCGUCCACCGCCGCCAGCCGGUGCAGAUGGUCUUUUGCCUCAAGGAGAAGAACCAGAAGAAGAUCAACUCGCACCGCUGGUUCUUCCAGGCCUUUGGCCGCGUCCUCGACCCCAACAUCUGCGUCCUCCUCGACGCCGGCACCCGGCCCGGCGGCAGCUCCAUCUAUCAUCUGUGGAAGGCCUUCGACCUCGAGCCCAUGUGCGGCGGCGCCUGCGGCGAGAUCAAGGCCAUGCUCGGCCGCGGCGGCAAGAACCUGCUGAACCCGCUCGUGGCGACGCAAAACUUCGAGUACAAGAUGAGCAACAUCCUCGACAAGCCGCUCGAGUCGGCCUUUGGCUUCAUCUCGGUCCUUCCCGGCGCCUUCUCGGCCUACCGCUACGUGGCCCUGCAAAACGACAAGAACGGCAAGGGGCCGCUCGAAAAGUACUUUCUCGGCGAGACGCUGCACGGCGGCAGCACCGCUGGCCUGUUCGAGUCCAACAUGUACCUCGCCGAGGACCGCAUCCUCUGCUUCGAGCUCGUCACCAAGCGCAACUGCCACUGGCUGCUGCAGUACGUCAAGUCGGCCAACGGCGAGACGGACGUGCCGGACACGGUGACGGAGCUCGUUCUGCAGCGGCGCCGCUGGCUCAACGGCUCCUUCUUCGCCGCCAUCUACGCCAUCGCCCACUUUCACGAGUUCUUCCGCUCCGACCACUCCGUCUUCCGCAAGCUCGCCUUCUUCGUCGAGUUCGUCUUCAACACGGUCAACAUGAUCUUUGCCUGGUUCGCCAUCGGAAACUUCUUCCUCGUCUUCAAGAUCCUCACCACGAGCCUCGGCAACGAGGACCUGCUCGGCAACGUCGGCAAGAUCCUCGGCGUCGUCUUCACCUGGCUCUACGGUGUCUGCCUCAUCACCUGCUUCGUCCUGGCCAUGGGCAACCGGCCGGCCGGUUCGGGCAAGCUCUACUCGGCCAUGGUCUGGUUCUGGGCCAUCAUCAUGAUAUACCUCUUGUUCGCGGCCGUCUUCAUCGCCGUCAAGGCCAUCAUCGCCGACGUCAACGACGCCGACGGCUUCUCCAUCAGCCAGCUCUUUACGAAUCCCGUCUUCUACACGCUCAUCAUCUCGGUCAUGUCGACGUUUGGCAUAUGGACCAUCGCCUCGCUGCUCAUGUUCGACCCGUGGCACAUGAUCACCUCGUUCGUCCAGUACAUGCUCCUGUCGCCGACGUACACCAACGUGCUCAACGUAUACGCCUUCUGCAACACGCACGACGUCUCGUGGGGCACCAAGGGCGACGACCAGGUCGACAAGCUGCCCUCGGUCAACACAAAGGACGGGCAGGGCAAGACGGACCUGCCGGACGAGGGCGACCUCAACGCGCAGUACCAGCGCGAGGUGGCCGUCUUCAGCACCAAGUUCAAGGCGGUCAAGACGACGCCGUCGCCGGCGCAGCUGCAGGAGAAGCAGAUGGACUACUACCGAGGUGUCCGGACGGGCGUCGUGCUCAUCUGGAUGAUCACCAACUUUGCCCUCGCCGCCGUCGUGCUGAGCACGGCAGGCCUGGAGAAGAUCACGCCGUCGAGCGGGAACCAGGAGAAGGACCAGCUCGACCGUUCCAACAUUUACCUCACCAUCGUGCUCUGGAGCGUCGCCGUCCUCAGUGGUUUCAAGUUCCUCGGGGCCGUCUGGUUCCUCAUCGUGCGUAUGUUCAGGGGCGUCUAG